UACUUGCGUCAUUUUACUCAUUCAAAAUGAUAAUAUGGCUGAAAAAAAAUUAUCAAUAUUCAAUCGAUUCAAAAACUAAAAUUCCUUCAUUCAUUGGUUCAUUAUUUAAUUGGCGUCCUAACGCAGUAACCAUUACUGAUAAAUCAAAUUAUCAAAAAUACAUUGAUUUCAUCACAAUUAAAGAUCUUAACCUAGAGAUGAUUAAUCACACUAUUAAAGUUAUUACUAAAUUGGUUAUUGUAAAUCUUUUAGCUAUAUAUUUAAAAAAUAACAGACCACAAAUCCCGGAAAAAUCAUAUGGGUUACGAAUUUUAAAUUAUUCUUUAACUGGUCAUCCAUUUGUUGAAGCAUACGAACUCUUCUACUGCUCAUUGUGGAUUAUUCUUACAAUUACAAACUUCUCAUUCAUUUGGAACGUGACUUGUAUAAUUUUCGGAUUAAUAUUAAGACCUUUAUUAUCUAAAGGUGUUGAUAUAAAUAAAAAACAGGAAGAAAAACCAAAAUCUUUUAAAACAAUCCUCAAAGAAUGGUUGAUACUUACGAUAUUUUAUACAAAACCUCUUAUGGGUAAACCAUACUUCUCAACAAGUCCUAGAGAUCUUUGGUCAAAUCAGUGGCACCAAUUAUAUAAUGAAGUUUUUAAAGAACUUGGCUUCCUUCCGGUUCGAAAUUAUUUUAAACAUAACAAAACUCUUGGACAAAUGCUUGGAAUGCUUUCAGUCUAUUUGAUAAGUGGUUUGUUUCAUGAUUAUAUAGCAUUAGUGAUUUUUAACCAUUUUUCGAUAGAUUUUAUAGUAUUUUUCUUGUUUCAUGGAUUAGUUUUAAUUUUAUGGGAGGCAGUUGAAGGUAAAAUUUUAGGAAGAAGUAAGGGCAUAAAAGAUAGUUUUGAAAUCAGGAUUUUUAAGAUGAUGAUAUUUUUCCCAAUUAUGAUAUUUAGUUUACCACAGUUUGCUGAACCUUAUAUUAAAG